AUGUAUUAUUUUUCAUAUUAAAGAUGAUCUUCAUCUAGUUUCUCUACAUGAAAAAGCGCCAUAAAUUCACCAUCAUGAAUUCAAGAUUGUGAUCAAGAAUUGGAUCAUAUUGAUUCUUUGAAGAAUCGUAUCCGGGUAGGCGGGCUUCUGCAAAAUUACCACCUGCCCUUUUGUCACGGAUUCAUUGACUACGUGGCUCGAGUCCCUUGAAGGAAAAGAUCUUGAUUUUGAUGUUAUUGUUGUUGUGAUUGCCUUUUCAAGGUAACAUUUGGUUCCUCGUUAGAAUUGUGUACAAAUGAAAAUAAAAUUUUCUUUUUCUUAUGGGAUAUACGUUUUGAUGCAUUGAGAUGGGCUUUUAUGGUUUUAUACAGUUCUGAGCUUCUGUGUUCUUUCAAUUUAGUGUUCUUUUGGUCUGUGUACAAUUUAUUUGGGGACUUGGGUCGUUGGUAUAUUGAGCUCUAGUUUCUGGUGAAAGGGGUUAUAUAUCAACAUUUUUUCCAGAGUAGUUGGAAGUGUAGGAUUGAGGUACAAUUGAGGUUUAUUAGAAAAGGCAGUGGUUUAGAAGAUCUAAUAUUUGGAUUGAGAUAGGAGCUGCUAUAGUGCUGUUAUAAUCUGUCACUGGCAUGUGAUCAUUUGAAUUUUCAUAUUAGAUUGUGUUAGUAGCAGCAGCAGCAUAUUUAUACGUGUAUUUUUCUUUUAUCUUUUAAAGUUGUUGCGAGGGUUUGGUUUCUUGAUUGUAGCUGAAAUUUUUGGGAUAAGGUUUGUUAAAAGUGGCAAAUGAGUAUAGCAUGAUGAACGGGGCUGUAAGGAGUGUUUGUAGAUGAAUUCCCCUGACAAGACAUUUUCUGAGCUAGUUGGCAUAUUGAAAUCCUGGAUGCCUUGGCGAUCUGAGUCAGCAACUGUGUCAAGGGAUUUUUGGAUGCCCGAUCAGAGUUGUAGAGUAUGCUAUGAGUGCGAUUCUCAGUUCACAAUAAUUAACCGUAGGCACCACUGUAGACUUUGUGGUCGUAUUUUCUGUGCCAAGUGUACAGCCAACUCAGUUCCUGCCCCAUCAAGUGAUCCAAAGUCUCCACAGGAAGAGUGGGAAAAAAUUCGGGUAUGUAAUUAUUGUUUCAAACAAUGGCAGCAGGGGAUAGCUACUUUGGAUAAUGGAAUCCAGGUUCCUAGCCUGGAUCUUAGCAGUUCACCAUCAGCGGCAAGUUUGGCCAGCUCUAAAUCUAGUGGCACUAUUAACAGUAGUACCUUCACUCUUGGCUCGAUGCCAUACUCAGUUGGGCCAUAUCAACGAGCUCAACAAAUUGCAGUUCCCAGCCCACAUCAAACAUCUGAAAUGGAAACAAAUUCUUCGGAUAAACAAAGAGAAUUAGCAUUUGGAAGGAGCAAUGGCAUUGUUUCAGACAUGGGCUAUCAUUCUCCAAACCUCUAUGCAUUUUCUAUGAACAGAAGCGAUGACGAUGAUGAUGACUAUGGUGUAUUUCGCACUGAUUCUGAAACGAGGCAUUUUCCCCAAGACACUGAGUAUUUUCAUCAAGUUGAGUUUGAUGACAUGAGCAAUGAUGAGGGAUCACAUAAAGCUCGUCUUGAUGGAGAAAAUAUUGACUCAAAAAGCUUAAGCAGCUCUCCAUUGAACCAUACUUUUGGCUCACAUAGUCUAGAAGGAAUGCCACAGCAUGGGAAAAAAGAUGGGCUUGAUAUGGAUGAUGAGUGUGAAGUACCUUCCUCCAUGUAUCCGGGGGAAAACAGUGAUGCUGAACCUGUGGAUUUUGAGAACAAUGGACUGCUCUGGCUUCCCCCUGAACCAGAAGAUGAAGAAGAUGAGAGGGAAGCUGGUUUGUUUGAUGAUGAUGAGGAUGACGAUGAUGGGCAUGCAGCCGGAGAGUGGGGACGUUUACGCACCUCAAACAGUUUUGGAAGUGGAGAAUUCCGUAAUAGAGACAAGACAGGUGAGGAGCAAAAGAAGGCCAUGAAAAAUGUGGUUGAUGGGCAUUUCAGGGCUUUGGUAGCCCAGCUAUUACAGGUUGAGAAUAUUCCUGUGGGUGAUGAAGAUGAUAAGGAAAGCUGGUUGGAAAUCAUUACAUCUCUGUCAUGGGAGGCAGCUACACUACUGAAGCCAGAUAUGAGCAAAAGUGGAGGAAUGGACCCUGGUGGAUAUGUGAAAGUAAAAUGCAUUGCUUCUGGAUGCCGCUGUGAGAGUAUGGUGGUCAAAGGAGUUGUUUGUAAGAAAAAUGUGGCUCAUCGCCGAAUGAAAUCAAAAAUAGAGAGACCUCGAUUGUUGAUCCUUGGAGGGGCUCUUGAGUACCAACGGGUUUCUAACCACUUAUCAAGUUUUGAUACCCUGCUACAGCAGGAAAUGGACCAUCUAAAGAUGGCUGUGGCCAGGAUAGAUGCACACCAACCUGAUGUUCUUUUAGUAGAGAAAUCAGUUUCACGAUUUGCGCAGGAGUACCUUCUUGCUAAAGACAUAUCUCUUGUUCUCAAUAUCAAGAGGCCACUUUUAGAGCGCAUAGCCCGUUGCACAGGUGCUCAAAUAGUUCCUUCAAUCGAUCAUCUCUCUUCCCCAAAGUUGGGCUACUGCGAUAUGUUUCACGUAGAGAAAUUUUUGGAAGAUCUUGGUACUGCUGGGCAGGGUGGAAAAAAAUUGGUGAAGAGAUUGAUGUAUUUUGAGGACUGCCCAAAGCCAUUGGGUUUUACCAUUUUACUUAGAGGUGCUAAUGGGGAUGAGUUGAAGAAAGUGAAACACGUGGUCCAAUAUGGAGUUUUUGCAGCAUAUCACCUGGCUUUGGAGACGUCUUUUCUUGCUGAUGAAGGAGCGUCUCUACCAGAACUCCCACUGAACUCUCCAAUAACAGUGGCACUCCCUGAUAAACCUUCAAGCGUUGAUAGAUCUAUAUCAACUGUACCUGGUUUCACUAUCCCUGCCAAUGAAAAGCCUCAGGGACUGCACGCUAGUAGUGAACCACAAACAUCCAACAGCAUCCAUAUUGCAUAUAUUGACUCAACAGUCAGCAGUUCUUCUGCAGACCAAGUUGAAAGGAAACCGCUAGCUGAUGGUCCUAGCUCUCAAUCCACAGCACUCCCUUCAUCUGGCAUCAACUCAGCUGCAUUUCUUUCAACUGUUCCUUAUACAAUGAAAGUUGUUUCAGAUUCUUACUGUACUUUUGAGCAGAAAAAUAAAAUGCAACCUGGAGGUUCUCUGGUAGCAGAAAUAAUUCCGGUUAACAACAAGGUGGCUGCCAUGGGUGAUCAUCUUACUGUUAAUGGCUUUGAGCAUUCAGAAGGUAUUAUGGAAAAUCAUUCCCCAAAUGAUCUUGGUGAAAUGGUUCCCACUCUGUCGCACAGCUCAGAGGUAUCAUCUGCACGACAAGAUAAUAAAAGUAAUCUUGAGGAGCCAGGACCUUUAAAAGAAGAAUUUCCUCCAUCACCUUCAGAUCAUCAGAGCAUUUUGGUUUCCUUGUCUUCCCGCUGUGUAUGGAAGGGGACUGUCUGUGAAAGGUCUCAUCUUUUUCGAAUUAAAUACUAUGGUAGCUUUGACAAACCUUUGGGUCGGUUUUUGCGAGACCAUUUAUUCAAUAAUAGUUACAUAUGCCGAUCUUGUGAGAUGCCAUCAGAAGCCCAUGUUCAUUGUUACACUCAUCGACAAGGCACCCUGACUAUAUCAGUUAAGAAGCUACCAGAAAUAAUAUUACCAGGUGAAAAGGAUGGAAAGAUCUGGAUGUGGCACAGAUGCUUAAGGUGUCCCCGGACAAAUGGUUUUCCUCCAGCUACCCGGAGAGUAGUGAUGUCUGAUGCUGCUUGGGGUUUAUCUUUUGGGAAAUUUUUGGAGCUUAGUUUUUCAAACCAUGCAGCUGCAAGCAGGGUGGCAAGUUGUGGUCAUUCUCUGCAUAGGGAUUGUCUUCGAUUCUAUGGAUUUGGGAAUAUGGUUGCUUGCUUUCGUUAUGCAUCAAUUCAUGUUCUCUCUGUGUACCUUCCACCCUCAAAACUUGAUUUCAACUUUGAGAACCAGGAGUGGAUACAGAAAGAAACAGUUGAGGUUGUUGACCGGGCAGAGCUUCUAUUUUCUGAAGUACUCAAUGCUUUGAGUCAAAUUGCAGAGAAAAGAUCUAGUGCAGCACCACCAAAUAGUGGCACAAAACUACCUGAAUCAAGGCGCCAAAUUGGAGAACUUGAAGCAAUGUUAGAAAAGGAGAAGGUAGAAUUUGAGGAGUUGCUCCAAAAAGCUUUGAAUAGAGAAGCAAAAAAGGUUCAGCCUGUUAUUGACAUUCUUGAGAUCAAUAGACUGCGGCGGCAGUUGCUUUUCCAAUCUUACAUGUGGGACCACCGGCUAAUAUAUGCAGCCAGUUUAGAUAACAACAGUUUUCAUGAUAAUUUGAAUUGGUCAAGUUCAGGACAUGAGGAAAAACCCAUAGCUAAUACUGAGCAGCUCAAUGAGAUGAAUGUGAAUGCCAAACCAGGAAAAGGUUUUAGUAGCUGCAACUCUCUGCCUGUAGAUACAUUGUUGCUUAAAAUCCCUGAUCGGCAAGGAGGACUUGGCAGUAAUCCUGACCACUCUGACACAGCCCAUGAAAAAGAUAAGAGUCAAGGUUCUAAUCUGGGAAAGGAAGACCACACUAAGCUUUCAGCUGUCAUUCCCAUCUGUGAUCAACCCAGCAGCCUGGAAUACAGUGGAAAUGUUCGCAGGACCGUUUCUGAGGGACAGGUUCCUAUCAUGUCAAAUUUAUCUGAUACCCUUGAUGCUGCAUGGACAGGAGAGAAUCUCCUAGGAGUUGGAAUAUCAAAAGAUGAUAUCAGUGUGCUUUCUGAUUCAGCUGUGGCAGAUUUGUCAACCACAUCUACAGUGCUGGAAGGGUUGGAUUUGUACAAUCGAGUGGAAGACCAAAAUGGGCCCAAGGUCAGCUGUUCACCUUCACCUGCAUUGUCUGUCAAGGGCUCUGAUAAUAUGGAAGAUUCUGUAAGCUACCUGAGAAUGCCUUUCUUGAACUUUUACCGCUCAUUGAACAAGAACUUUUUGGCAAGCUCUGAGAAGCUUAAUAUAAUGGGCGAGUAUAGUCCAAUCUAUGUUUCAUCCUUCAGGGAGUUGGAACUCCAGGGUGGGGCUAGGCUCCUCCUGCCUGUGGGGGUGAAUGACACUGUCAUUCCUGUGUAUGAUGAUGAGCCUACAAGCAUUAUAUCUUAUGCACUACUAUCACCAGAGUAUCAUGGCCAACUGACUGAUGAUGGAGACUUAAAUUCUUCCUUAAGUUUAUCUGAACCCAUGACUUCUCAGUCAUUCCACACUGUUGAUGAAGUUACCAUCGAUUCUCACAGAUGCCUUGGGUCUACAGAUGAGAGUAUCUUGCCUAUGCCUGGAUCUCGAAGCCCUCUGCUUCUAGACCCACUCUUUCACGCAAAAGCUAUGCAUGCCAGAGUUUCUUUUGGAGAUGAAGGCCCACUUGGUAAGGUGAAACAUUCUGUGACAUGUUACUAUGCAAAACGGUUUGAAGCCUUAAGAAGGGUAUGUUGUCCAUCUGAGCUUGAUUUUAUAAGGUCUCUCAGUCGUUGUAAGAAGUGGGGAGCUCAAGGUGGCAAGAGUAAUGUCUUCUUUGCAAAAACAUUGGACGAUCGCUUUAUUAUCAAACAAGUCACAAAGACAGAAUUAGAGUCAUUUAUAAAAUUUGCUCCUGAAUAUUUCAAGUAUCUCUCUAAAUCAAUUAGCUCAAGAAGUCCAACAUGCCUGGCUAAAAUUUUGGGGAUCUAUCAGGUUACAUCAAAACAUUUGAAAGGUGGGAAAGAAUCAAAAAUGGAUGUUCUGGUCAUGGAGAAUCUUCUGUUUGGGAGGAAUGUGACUCGCCUUUAUGAUCUUAAAGGAUCUUCCAGAUCACGAUAUAAUCCUGAUUCCAGUGGGAGCAAUAAAGUUCUAUUGGAUCAGAACUUGAUUGAAGCAAUGCCAACUUCUCCUAUUUUUGUUGGAAACAAGGCAAAGCGGUUACUGGAGAGAGCUGUCUGGAAUGAUACUUCUUUUCUUGGGUCUAUUGAUGUAAUGGAUUACUCAUUAUUGGUUGGGCUGGAUGAAGAGAAGGGUGAAUUGGUUCUUGGAAUCAUUGAUUUCAUGAGGCAAUAUACGUGGGACAAGCACCUGGAAACAUGGGUGAAAGCUUCAGGCAUACUUGGUGGGCCAAAGAACUCAUCUCCGACGGUUAUUUCUCCAGAGCAAUACAAGAAAAGGUUCAGGAAAGCAAUGACUACCUAUUUUCUAAUGGUCCCAGAUCAGUGGUCACCUCCCACUAUCAUUCCAAGUAAAUCCCAGUCAGAUUUGUUUGAAGAGAACUCACAAGGCGGGAAUUCAGUUGAAUGACACCGGGAGUCUGUAAGCUUGUACAUUUUACAUAUGCACUUUGGGACAACAGUCCCACAUUAUUUUUCCCAUGUUCAUAUCUUUUUUCCUUAUAUUUUGAUUAUUUUUUUAUAGGAAUUAUAUGUUAGUUAAGAAUGAAAAGUCAUAAUUGUUUGUUAGGUGAAGCAGAAGAAGGCUGUUAAAGCCACAGGAAUUUCAGGAAGAGGUAUUAAUAUGGAUGAUCUCUCCAUGAAAUCUCUGCACAAUGUAUUUAUUUGUCUAUUUACAAUUGCAGUGUCUGAACUUCGAGCAAAUUUUAUGUUUGACAUUUUAAUACUUAGAUUUUGAUAUUCUUUCCCAAUACUA